AUGCCCACAACCGAGCGGGCAAGUCCAGCACCUGCACCAAUGUUGAAAUACCUGAAUAAUGGUUCCAAAGAGGAACAAGAGGAUCAAGCCGAGAUUCCUGUUUCUAAAAAGGAAGUAGACCAGAAUAUUGUUUCCAAACAGGAUGAAGCGGAGAUUCCUAUUUCCAAAAAGGAUGAAGACCAGAAUAUUGUUUCCAAACAGGAUGAAGCGGAGAUUGCUGUUUCCAAAAAGGAAGAACACCAGACUAUUGUACUAAUCUGGAUGUGGCCAUUUGGCAGUGCCUAUGAUCUCAGCUCCUGUAGUGCUCUGCUUAACAUUGAUGGCUGUUACCUAACAGCAGACCGAAACAUGUACAGCAAGUCAGAUGGGGUUAUCUUCCAUCACAGAGACAUUCACUGGGAUUUAUCCAACAUGCCACAUUCGCAGCGCCCAUCAUUCCAAAAAUGGGUGUGGAUGAACCUAGAAUCACCCACAAAUACAGGAAGGAAUCCUGCUCUCAAAAGCCUGUUCAAUCUGACUGUGAAUUACAGGCAGGAUGCUGAUAUUGCAAUGCGUUAUGCGACAAUUGUUAAAACUGAGGAGAAUAACUUCAAAAUACCAAGCAAAAACAAGUUGGUGUGCUGGAUUGUGAGCAACUGGAACCCAAGUUACAGAAGAGUGGCAUACUAUUAUGAGUUGAAGAGACACAUUGAUAUAAAUGUCUAUGGACGGGCCUUUGGGAGACCAGUCAGAGGUGAAGACUUUGAUGCCACAAUUGCCAGUUGUAAAUUCUAUCUGUCAUUCGAGAACUCAAUCCACAAAGACUACAUCACUGAAAAACUGUACAACCCAAUGUCCGUUGGCACAGUGCCAAUUGUUCUUGGGCCAUCAAGACAGAACUAUGAGAACUUUGUCCCAGGUGAUUCCUUCAUACAUGUAGAUGAUUUUCCCUCCCCCCAAAAGCUGGCUGAGCACAUCCGGUUCUUAGACAAGAACGAAGACAUGUACCAACGAUACUUCAACUUUCGUAAACAGUUUGAAGUAAAGAAGACUUCUGCAUUUGUCAUAGGCGCAUGUCUUGCCUGUAAUUAUAUUAGGACACACUUCAAUGAAUACAAAGUUAUCAAUGACCUUAACACAUGGUUCUGGGGAUGA